CAACAAUAGCACACCAAAAAAUAGAGAGCGCGAUGAGAGAGCAUCAUCAUCUUCAAACGCCAUUGAAGGAGCACGGAAAUCGCCGAUCCAAAUCCAUCUCCGAUCAAACUAAGAAGCCUCUCAAAAAUGUUAAGAAAAACUUGAAUUCUGCGUUUGAAUCGCAAGGUGCCGCACUUUCUGAAUUCUCGCCCAAGGAAUCGAUCGGUAGUUCUCUGAUUUCCUCUGCUGCUACCGAUGAUCUUAAUCUACUCACUGAAUCUGCCGCUGAGGACUUCUUGUUGAUUCCUGAAACUUCUCCUUCAUCAGAAGCAGUGGAUUCUCUUGCUGAGCUGACUCAACUGUCUUCAACACUAACUUCUGACAAGUACAAAGAAUGCAGUGGCUCGAAUAGCAGUAGUGGAGUUCCACAAUCAAGUGAUGUGAAGUUUGGUUUUGUUGAGGCAGAAAUGGCAGUGAAGUACCUAAGAGAAGCUCAAAUGCAACUGGUGAAUACAACAGAUGUUGAUGUCCGUUACAAGAAGCUUCUAGAUGCUGUGAUUAACACAUUAGUUGAAGAGUUCUAUGGAUUGCCAGAAGACAAGGACUGGUAUAAUACACUCAUCUCGAAAAAGUUCCAUGUGGUGACCCUGGCUUCUUUGUUGUGGAUAAUUGCUGUAUUCAUCGGAUUGCUGUUUCGUUCUGGUGGAAAACAGUUUUUCUAUGGACCUCUACCUACCUAAAUUGUGCUACCACAGUGGCUGAUAAGGAAGUAUUGCAGGUAUAUUUCUCUGUUUACCUAUGUUACACUGACUCUUUAUUUUGCAUAGGUUGUAUUCGUGUUAAAACAUAUACUAUGAAACAAGUGUGUGUAAUUCGUUUUGGAUCUUAAUUUUGGCAUUUGGUACAACUUGUGUGAAUCAUAACUGUG